GUUGAUUGCUGAGGAGGAUCCAGAUAGCUGCGAGCUUGACAGCUCGAAUGGUCAUAGAGCCAGCAGAGCUGAAGAACGCUUGUCUUUAGUUUAGAACUGAGAAGUGCAAAAUAUAAAGAAUAUGUUUAACUACCAAUAUGUCACACCGCAACAGCUGGCCGGGUUCGACAAAUAUAAGUACAGUGCGGUUGAUACAAACCCAUUGUCCGUGUAUGUCAUGCAGCACCUGUGGAACUGGAUAGUGAAGGUAGUACCACUAUGGAUUGCACCUAAUUUAUUAACAUUUACUGGAUUUUUGAUGAUUUUAUUAAACUACUUCCUGCUGUCUUACUAUGAUUGGAACUUCACUUCAUCAGCUCCUGGUGGUAUACAUGCUCCAAACUGGGUGUGGGGUUUGUCUGGGUUUGCUACCUUUUGUGCCUAUGCUCUAGAUUCUAUUGAUGGAAAGCAUGCCAGAAGGACACAGUCCAGCAGCCCUCUUGGAGAGUUGUUUGACCACGGGCUGGACAGCUGGGCGACGUCCCUCUUCACACUCUCCCUGUUCUCAGUUUUUGGACUCGCGACUGAGCGGCAGGUGACUGCCUACACCCUGUACUCUAUACUGUGCGUCAUUCUGCUCACAUUCCUGCUUUCACACUGGGAAAAGUACAACACUGGAGUCCUCUACCUGCCAUGGGGAUACGAUAUCAGUCAAAUAACACUAACAGCAGUGUAUCUGCUGAGCGCAGUAGUUGGUGUAGAAGCAUGGUAUAGGCCUUUGCCCUUUGGUUAUUUCUUUACGGAUAUUUUAAUAGCCAUGGUUAUAGGUUGCUGUGUUUUUCUCUCCUUGCCACAGACACUUUACAACAUUUAUCAAGCACGAAAGAAUAAAACAUUAGAAAGAAAUUCCACGUAUGAAGCACUCCUUCCUCUGGCGUCUCCUGCCCUACUUUUUACACUUCUCACAGCCUGGGUGAAGUUAUCUGCCGAGGACAUUCUUACCAAACAGCCCAGGCUUUUCUUGUGGAUGGUUGGAGUUACGUUCUCAAAUGUUACAUGCAGGCUCAUUAUUUGCCAAAUGACAAACACAAGGUCGGAGGUCUUUCACUGGUUAUUGCUUCCAUUAGCUGCAAUUGUCAGUGCUGUUUCAACUGGAGUGCUGGUGCAGUCAGAGCUCCUCUUACUUGUUGGCUACACCGUUCUGGUGACAAUAGCACAUGUUCACUAUGGCCUCUGUGUGGGAAAACAGCUGAGUAAACACUUGAACAUUUUUAUCUUCUCUUUGGAGAAACGCCAUCAGGAAUGAAGGCAUUGCUGAACAAACACAGGAAACCUAAAGCGUUCUUCUUUGGACUGAGGCUGUAAAGCUAUACUAUGGGAAAAUUAAUUAUUAUUGUAUUUGAAAAACCAAAGGGUUUGCAAGGGAAAAAGGGAUAUAGGGUUCAGUUACAUCUCAGAUAAGCAUUCUAGGGGUCAUAAAAUGUAAAUUAAAAAAACAAACAAACAUACAUUUGUAAUAGGUUUAUGUAGCAUGUAUUAAAGGAAAAUUAAUUUAUCCAAGUAUGUUUAUGAUAUGCUGUUAACAGAAUAGAAUACUAAAUAAACCAACAGACUCAAUGUCUAAUUGCACAGUAAAUGCGCUUUAAGACAAUUUUCUUAGUUUCAAUAAUAGUGUAAACACUACUGCUUUCUGCCAGCAGCCUUGCACUGCCACAACUUAAGAAGCAAAACUGAUUUUGUUUGUUUUGUAUUUUUAACAAGGAGCCCUACUUCUCCUGGAUAUCUUGCUGGUUUAGGUCAGACCUCGUUUUCUACUAAAUAUUUAUAGAAUUCUGUAAUAUUCCCUUAGGGAAGCCAUUUCCAACCAUAGCAGAGAGAGGCACGGAAAUACUUUUAAAAAAGUACCAAAUUAGGCAUGAAAUACUGACCUGAUUUUGAAGGUUUAUUUAGUCACUUUCCAGCCAUAAUUACUAAGGAAAGCUUAUCAGUGAAGUCAAUGGAUAAACAUCGAUCUGCUGAUAGAAGCAGCUUCCCACAGCAGUUUCCUUGAUAAGAUCUUACUUGAAAAGUGUUUAAAAUUAUCAGACUUUUUUUUUUUUUUUUUAGUUUAAGCCAUGUCCAACAGAAAUAAAUAAUUUGUGAUGACCAUCUUUUGAAUUUGCGUUAACAUAAAAUGUACUGGGCAGCAUUCAACUCUCCCUACAGUAAAUACCCAAUGUUAGAACUUCAAAGCACUAAGUCAUUGUUUCAGGAAUACUAAAAUGAAAUAUAGUUUCAUUUCUGUUAUUUAACCACAAGAUUAACACACGCACAGAUUUUUUUUUUAAAUAGCUGCUUUCUAGACCUUGUAAAUCAAAGCUGAAAUGUAGGGUUUUUUUCUGCAGUAUUUUAAUAUACAGCAACAUUGUAAUUAUUUUAACUUAAAAUGAUCAGCUUUAACAUUUACACAUGGUGGGUUUGAGAAAGAGGCAAUAGCUGAAUCGCGGUCUUAUUUGAGCUGGGAACAUGGGGUAUUAAGGCUUUUUUUUUUUUUUUUACGUUUUUUUUUUUUUUUUUUUAAAGGCAUGCAUCCUUGCAUACCUAUAGACCAGAUAACUCUUUCAGCACUGCUGUAAUUUCAUUAAGUAAGGUCAUAACAAUGCUAUCACACUUUUUGUAAUGGCACUUUUUUUUUUUCUUAUGUACCUUGCUUGUCCCUUAUAUUUGGAUGUUUAACGUAAAUGAAGGGACAUUUUUAACCCAACUUAUAAGUAAGAGGACUGCUUAUGAAACAAAUUAAAUAGUUUCUUGUACUGAAAAAUGAAUGCAUAUAUAAAAAAGAAAUAGAUAUUGAUACUGGCUGGCCACGUUAUUAGGAGCUGUCUUAUUGAUUUGGAUUUGCCCUCACCCUGAUGUGGGACAUGUUCUCCUGGUAUAUCCCGAGUCCAUUGAUUUUUCUGUCAUUGUUUACUCAAUCAAUUGCAUUAUCAGUCCACCCAACAGUAUUGCAUUUAUACCCUAGUGGCGAUGGAUACUCUCAAGGCGAUAGCUCUCCCAUAAUCAUUCCAUAAUUGUGCGUGAAUGGUUUACAAAGUACUUCAAGCAUGUUCCUUAGGCGUCGCAAUCAGCAGAUCUCAAUUCAGUUGAGCAUUUUUGGGAUUAACAUGAACAACGCUUUCAUCAUCACGAUUCUCUGACUACCUCUGCACCAACUGUAUGAAAUCUAAUGACUUCAUAGAAUAAUUCUCUUGUGCAGUCUAUGCCAUGUAAUGUCAAGUCUGUGAUCAGGACAAACAGUGGCCUAACCCCACAUUAGGUACAUGUCCAAAUAACGUGGCUAGGCAGUGUACAUUUUUUAUUGGUCUGCUUUUUUGAGUGUAGUUACUGUAUCUUCCUGUUGUUGAAAUAGUUUAGGUGAAUUUCACUUAUUUGGGGAUCUGUGUGUAACGCCCCGUUUUGCUCUGAAUCUUAACUUUAGUAGCAAUCCUAUGGGUUUAAUACAGUCCCCAUGGCGGUCAUGUUGUUCAGACCACAAAAUCAUUAAACAGCUUGGCAGUCUAAUGUUCAAGAGACCAAGGUCUGAGAACAAAAACAAAAAUAUAACACCGGGAUUUCAGCUCUGUAUUCAGUGCACAGGUCCACGUAUUUUAUUAGGAGUUAAGAAUGUUUAUUUU